GUGCUCUUCUUAAAUCAUCACGGUCGCUUUUGUUUUUUAUAUUCCAUAUUUUAUCGUUUUCCCCCCUGAUCUCUUUUUUUCGUUUUGUUUUUCUGUUCAUUUAGAUUUCAGUUAAUAUUUUCCAAAAUGUCGGAGGGUUCGAAAAGGUCAUCAGUUUCGACGAUAUCGGGGUCUGUUGCGAGAAUGGAGGCGGAACCCGUCGGGGAGAAGAAGAAAGGCCUGGGGAUGUGGAUGACGUCCUUUUUCCUCAUUGCACAGAUGGCAGGGGCAGGAUUUCUCUCUCUCCCGAAGGCUCUGGCGAAUACGGGCUGGCUAGGAGUACCCAUGCUUAUCCUGUUCUGCACAAUGGUAGGCUUCUCAGGAACGCGUCUAGGAAAGUGCUGGGUCAUCCUCGAAGAGAGAUAUCCUGAAUAUAAGAAACCUUGUCGACAGCCCUAUAUGGAGAUCGCUGACAAGGCCCUCGGAGUGCAUGGAAGACGCCUGACGCUGGCAAGUGUGGUGAUCACCCUCUUGGGUGGAACGACAGUCUUCCUCAUCCUGAUUGCGUCAUUCCUGAACGGGUUGAUCCCUCAGCUGAGUUCCUGUGAGUGGCUGCUGAUCGUGGCUGCGGUGAUCCUACCCUUCACGUGGCUCGGGACGCCUAAGGACUUCUGGCAAGCCUCCGUCCUGGCCGUGAUCUCCACCGCCGUCGCCUGCAUCGUCAUCUUCAUCCAAAUCCUCGUGGAAAUAGAGAACCACGAGGACCCCUUCUACCAGAAUCCUACGAUCUCCACCUUCGCCCUCGGCUUCGGUGCCAUCCUCUUCGCCUUCGGGGGGGCCUCUGUGUUCCCGACCAUCCAGAACGACAUGGGGGAUCGGACGCAGUUCGGCAAGAGCGUCGUGGUCGGGUUUGCUGCUAUCCUGAGUCUCUACCUCCCCGUGGCCGUGGCAGGAUACGCCGUUCAGGGAUUCGAAGUCGGUGAUAACAUCCUUCUCUCCGUGAACCAAGCUUCCUGGUCGGUCACAGCCGCCAUUAUCCUCGAAGUCAUUAAUCUCUUCGGGACUUACAUCAUCUCCUUCAACCCCGUCGGGCAGGUGUUCGAGGAGCUCUUGGGGGUUGAGAACAAAUUCGGCUACAAGAGAUGCCUCGUUCGCUCGGCCAUCAUCAUCUUCGAAGUGAUUAUAGGUCUCGCUGUGCCUGACUUUGGCAUGAUUCUCAACCUUAUCGGCGGCUCGACUGUCACUGUCUGCUCUUUUAUCCUUCCGCCUCUGAUGUACAUGAAGUUGGUCGAUAGGACAGGCCCUCCCGAGUGGCCUAAGCGAACGAUCCCACUGUGGGAGCGCGUGGUACUGUGGGAGAUCAUCAUCAUCGGAGCUGUGGGCGGCAUUACCUCCACAGUGUCGGCCUUCAUCGCCAUCCUCGACCCCGAUUCCUUCAACAAAUCCUGCUUCGUCGCCUUUUCGUAAUAGGAUUCGCCGGCGGGUGAGAUUUCCUUCAUCGGUGUCCGGUCUGUGUCCUUUCGAAUCCGUUUCUGAUUCUGGUCUUAGAUUUAAAAAAAAAAAAAGAAAGGAAAAGAAGAUGAAGGAGAAAUAUGAGGAAGAGAGAGAGAGAUAGAGAGAGAGAGAGAGGGAGAGAGA